AUGAUUGACAAUGCUUAUGGGAUACUGAGGAAGUAGGUUGGUUCAGUUUGUCAAAAUAAUUUUCAGAUACCGUAAGUCUGAUGACCCCGAACUUCUUUGGAGGUUGGCCAGGGUUAUAUGUGAACAAGGAAAGGCAUGUGCCAAUAAAGAAGAGAAGCUGAGGUUAUUCCAAGAAGCCCUCGAAUAUGCAUCCAAGGCUUUGGCCAGCUCUGAUGCAGGCGGAUGUUUUGGCGCAAAUAAAUGGUAACGAAAUAAAAGGGUUAAAGUAUCUCGACUGCAGGUACGCAAUAAUCCUCAAUUAUGUGGCGGAAUUAGAGGGAACGAAGGCACAGAUCAAGUCAAGUUUAGACGUCAAAAGGCACCUGGAAAGGGCGUUGGAACUGAAUCCAAUGGAUGCGACCACUUGGAUGAUUUUAGGUAAUAUAAUGCAUGAGAUUUUUACAUCAGUUUCAGGGAUAUGGCACUAUUCCUUUGCCAAUUUGGGCUAUGCCAGUCGUUUGGCGGCCAAGGCUAUUUAUGGAUCUCCACCAUCAUCCACAUACGAAGAGGCCCUUAGGCAUUUUGAAAGGUAAACUUAGUGCCGGGAUACGACUUUUGUGUUUAUAGAGCCGAACUUAUUCAACCUGGCUUCUCUUCCUCCAACAACUUCCAUCUUGGGUUAUGCUAUGAACACUUAGGGCGGAAGGAUGAUGCCAUUCGUGAAUACAGGAAGACAUUCCUUGCCCCUUGUGUCAGUGUUGAUGACAAUGAGUAUCACAAAAAAGUGAGAUCGUCUCCUUCUGUUAAUAUAUGGUUUUUUUCAGGCCUUUGACAGGCUGAAGAAACUUGGAGUUGAUCCCAAUAAGCUCUCAGCUUGA